AAAAGUAUAUUCUCUGGGGCUGAGGGCAGCUACACAAAGGGGCAGAAUGUGACACUGAAGGGACAGGGUUAGUGCCAUCGAGGGGUGGAGUCGUGUCAUUAAGUUUGAAAUUGUUGGGGAUAGGAGCUAGGAUGGAUUUUUACACUGCUAAGAUAAUGAAGUUAAAAUGGCAGCACCAGUUGGUAGAAAAUUAAGUUAAUGAAAAAAGGAAAGACUUGGGAUGUUGCUCUGCUUGGAACUGACUGAAGAGAAAUGUCAAGAAAGCAUGCACGCAUAUGCUGCAAAUGUCUACACUACGGUUGUGGAAGAACUGAUGAGAGGGGACCGCAGGAGGUUUAUAGUGGUGGAACAGGAGUUUUUCCGCUUGUGGUGGAAGUUGUUUGCUGGAAAUGUAGAAAAGCAGCAGGUGCAUCAGCUAAUGCGUGAAGGAAGGCUAGAGUUUGUUAUUGGAGGCCAAGUAAUGCACGAUGAAGCCCUCACUACGAUAGAUGAUCAGAUUUUACAGCUAACAGAAGGACAUGGUUUUAUUUAUGAAACGUUUGGAGUCAGGCCUCGUUUCUCAUGGCAUGUGGAUCCUUUUGGGGCAUCGGCUGCGUCCCCUACUUUGUUUGCCAUGGCUGGAUUUAAUGGUCACCUCAUCUCCCGAAUUGACUACGACACCAAAGCCGACAUGCAAAAUGGCAAGGAGCUGCAGUUUAUCUGGAGAGCCUCUCCAUCCUUAUCUGACAAACAAGAGAUCUUUACCCAUGUAAUGGAUCAGUACAGUUACUGUACGCCUUCCUACAUACCAUUUUCCGACAGAUCAGGGUUUUACUGGAACGGGAUUGCGGUUUUCCCUGACCCCCCUAAAGAUGGCAUGUACCCAAAUAUGAGUUUGCCUGUGACAGCCGACACAAUUCACCCAUAUGCAGAAACCAUGGUGAAGAACAUCAAAGAGAGAGCGGCUUGGUUUAGAAGCAGUGACGUCUUGUGGCCGUGGGGAUGCGACAAGCAGUUCUUCAAUGCAUCCGUUCAGUUCAACAAUAUGGACCUGUUACUUGACUACAUAAACAAACAUACAGAAUUUGGCGUCACUGUACACUAUUCCACCCUUGGAGAUUAUUUUAAGAACCUAUACAAUCGCAAUUUAACUUGGGGGCUCAGAGGGAGCCAAGAUUUCCUUCCGUACUCUUCAGAUUCUUCCCAGGCAUGGACAGGGUUCUACACAUCCCGCAAUGUUCUCAAAGGAGUGGCGCGUAGAGCGAGUUCAUUGCUUUAUGCAGCAGAGUCCGCUUUUGCGCAGCAUCUUCUAAAGCACCCAACAGGUUCUGUGGAAAAGGUUUGGGCCAUGGAGCAACUGCGCUCCCUCCGAUGGGCUGUGUCAGAGGUCCAGCAUCACGAUGGGAUUACAGGCACAGAGUCCCCAAAAGUCAGAGACAUGUAUAUAGCAAACCUGCUUCAAGGUGCAGCUGGAGUUCGAAAGCUGAUGGCUGCAAUUGUGAUGGAUUUGUACAGCUCCCAAGCAAACAGCUUCGGAAAUGGAUAUAUUAACAUCACUGUGUACAACCCUUUGGCGUGGGAUGUUACAACAUUUGUGUUGGUGCCCAUGAACAAUUCUGUCUCUGGUGUUUAUGAUGAGUUUGGGCAGCCCGUGCCAGCACAGAUCCAAAAUGCCACCGAACCAAGCAAUGCCUUUGAUUUGCAUAUACUUGUUACCCUCAAAGGCCUUAGCUAUGGAAGGUACUCUAUCAAGCUUGGAAGCUGUGAUGCUGCUAAUGAUCGUCUUGUUACUGGAAGAAAGAUAACAUUUGUCAGACAACCAAAAAGAAACAAAGCCAAACGUCAAAACCUGGUUACUCCUAUAAUGAAUGAUUGUUACACGGUCGUGAUUGAUCAGAAUACAAACCUGCUGCACAGUAUCACCGCUAGGGAGAGCAAUCAGACUGUCCAGGUAACGCAGGAAUUUCUGGAGUACCAUUCAAACGGAGACAUCAGCAAGGGCCCAAUAUCAGAUAAUUACUUGUUCACCUCCACUGGUCCUGCUAUAUCGGCCUAUAAGGCUGUUGGACUGGAAAUUAUAGCCGGGAAACUGGUUACUGAAAUUAGGCAGUAUUUCUACAGCAAUAUCACUGCACAGACCUACCUGUACGCAGUCUAUUCAAGAAUCUACAAUGUACCAGAAGGAUAUGACAAAAGCCUUGUGUGUCACCACAUAGAGCAGAGUUACAGAGUGGGUCCGAUGGAUCUCAAUCGGGAGUCAAUUAUCAGAACAAGCACAGAUCUGCGCACAGACAGAUUGAUUUACACUGACAACAAUGGGUAUCAGAUGCAAAGGAGACAAUUCAAGAACUAUGACACCAACACAGUGGCACGGAACUACUAUCCAAUGGUCCGAACUGCCUACAUAGAAGACAACAGUACUCGGCUUGUUUUUCUCUCUGAAAGGGCACAUGGAGUAUCCAGCCAGGAUAACGGAGAAGUUGAGAUCAUGCUUCAUAGACGUUUGUGGAAUAACCUUGAGUGGGACCUCAAUUACAAUCUAACAUUAAAUGAUACCUCAGUAGUUAGACCUACCAUCUGGCUUAUGCUUGGGUCCAGAGCUCUUGCUGGGGCGCUGUAUCAGAGACUUGGAAUGGCACUAGAGCACAGGCCGUUGGUCAUAUACAGCCUGCACACAGGACAAGAAAAAAGGUCAUACAAAACUACAGACCUCCCUAUCACAUUACCUGACAACAUUCAUCUGCAGAUUUUGAGUAUUCCUGGUUGGUUUUAUUCUUCCCGCCACCAUGAGCAUAUGCAGGAUAUACAUACAGGCAAUAUUCGGGACAAUGUUGCCGAUUUUCACCGUGUUCUCCUAAGAUUGCAGCAUCUGUAUGAAACCAACGAAGACCCCGUCCUUUCCAAGCCUGUAACCAUAAACUUGCAGUCUCUUCUAAAAGGCUUGGGAACAGUGUCUUUAGUAGAGGAACGCUCACUGACAGGAACGUGGGAUAUCCAUACGCUGAAACGAUGGAAGUGGAAAGCAAACAUAAAGGGCACGGACCAAAGAGAACACACUCUCGGGACAAGUGACUUCACAAUCACGCUCUCGCCGAAGGAAAUAAGAACACUAUUCGUCUACUUUCAGUAAAUCCUCCAAAUAGUAGCCUUUCAUGGUCAGCCUGUCUGUUCUUUUCACAAACAAAGACCAUUGGGUGUGAAAUCUGUCAUAUAAACCUGUACAGAGCAGCCAUGCAGGGCACUGUGCUGGUUACAGACAGGGGGACAUGGGUGCCUUCAAUAAAACCACAUGCCGCAGGUGUGACAUAUAUUCACAAAAUUCACAACUGCCUGAUGCGCAUAGAAGGCCACAGUAACUUUCAUAAUGAUUGGCAUUAAACAUUGAAGUAAAUGUAAAGGUUGUACUUUUCUAAAAUGCCUUUACUAUGUGAUUUUAUAAUAAUAUGUCAUAUUUGACAGUGCUAAAGAUGAUUUUUUUUUUGAUAAAUGAAUUGCAACGGAAUAUAGAGUUUGAAUUGUCACUGAAGUGACAUUUUGGGCCUGUGGCAUGCAAAUGUUAAUAGAUGAAUGUAUAAUUCCCGUAAUGGGAGUCUAAAUGAUUCUGCAACAGAGACGUUGGUUUGUGUUAUGUUAUGAAUUAUUGCACUGUAUCCUUGCUGCUUCAGCCAAUGUCCCAGGUCCUGCUCUCAGCUUGUACUGGUCAGAGCCUGUUACCUUGACCUGACUGUGGGAAAAUAUGCCCAACUGGGUGGAACAAUAAUUAAUAUAUAUAACUGUAUAAAAAUGUUGAUACCCCUAGAAAAUCAGAAAUGGAACUUUUAUUGGAGUGUUUCCUUGGGAAAGGGAUGGUGGGAGAGCUUGGGGCAGCCUUACUGGUAAUAAAGAAAGCAGUUAUAGAAUGCGCCACUCAUGUGAGUGCUCCCUCAGUAGUAUAAAGGCUUUGGAGUUUUACACAGUGACCCAUUGCUCCAUCCAUUGCUCCAUUUGUACUCUGGCUGCUCAGCUACCCUGCAUUGCCCAACUUUGGGGGAAAUCUCUGCCAUUGUAGCACUGGACAGGCUUUCCCAGAGGAUUGCAGAAGACCACACAGCACUCUACGGUAAAUCUACAAGUUAUGGUGAUAUUGGGAGGUGUAUGAGUGUCCUCAGACUAUACCAUCAUAUCCCUCCUUUUCCCUCAUCUGAUACUCUCUGAGAAUAGACACUAGGGGGUACAUUUAUAAAAACUGGGCAAAUAUGCAUCUGGGCGGUAACCCAUAACAACCAAUGAGCAAUGAAAGCAUACAUCUGAUUGGUUGUCAUGGGUUACCACCAAGUUGCAAGAUUGCCCAUUGUUUAUAAACGACCCAGUGGUUGUGGGUACAGCCUCCAAGCCAGGGUUCAACUCAGUCUGGGACCUGACUUUAUAAGCAAUGUAUGUUUAUAACUCCUUCAUGCGGGGAUAUUAAAGGGGUGCUUCACCUGCAAAUUAACUUUUAGUAUGAUGAAGAUAUUGAUAUUCUGAGAAAAUUUGCAGUUGGUUUUAAUUUUUAGUGGUUUUUCAGUUAUUUUGCUUUUUGUUCAGCAACUCUCCAGUUUGGCAUUUCAGCAACUAUUUGGUUGCUAGGGUCUUAUUUACCUAAGCAACCAGGCAGUUGUUUGACUAAGAGACUGGAAUAUGAAUAGGAAUGAGACUGAAUAGAAGGAUAUGGAAAAAAGUAACAACAAUAAAAAAACAGAGCAAUAGUUGUUUGGCUGCCGAGGUCAGCAAAAAACUAUUGCUCUGGUUUUUUAUUGUUGUUACUUUUUUCCUUAUCCUUCUAUUCAGUCCCUUUCCUGUUCAUAUGAAAGCUGGAGACAGACAGGAGAGGAAGGCAAAUAAUUGAUAAAUUAUAGCAAAUAAAUAAUGAAGACCAAUUGCAAAGUUGUUAGGAACAGGACAUUCUAUAACAUGCUAAACGUUAGUGUAAAGGUAAACCGUCCCUUUAAUAACAUUUGUGAGAAAAAAAUAAACAAAAGGAAUGUUAAUAUAUUUUUAAUUUACAGUAAACUGUACCAAUAAAAAGAAUUGUUUAAUACUAA